AUGGUUGCCACUGUUGCUAGCAAACAAGAAUUCACCGAGGCUUUGACCCACGACGGUUUGGUUGUUGUCGACUUCUUUGCCACAUGGUGUGGUCCUUGUAAGAUGAUUGCUCCAUUGUUGGAGAAAUUCUCCAAGGAAUACACUACCGCCAAGUUCAUCAAGGUUGAUGUCGAUGAACUCGGAGAAAUUGCCCAAGAAUACGAAGUUUCUUCGAUGCCAACUAUCAUCUUCUUCAAGGGUGGUAAGAUCGUUACCAAGGUUAUUGGUGCUAACCCAGCUGCCUUGAAGCAAGCCAUUGCUGCCAACGCUUAA